CCACGCGGACUGUGGGCGCGCUCCAAAGCACAGCGCUGAUUUUUGGGCCUCCUGCCCGGGGGGGCAGGAUGCUGCUCCAGACGCUGGUGACGUGCCUCGCCGGCUGCGCCUUCCUCCUCUCCCCGACCAGCGAGGGCUGCGGACCGGGCAGAGGCUACGGGAAGAGGCGGUCAGCCCGGAAGCUCGCGCCGCUCGCUUACAAGCAGUUCAGCCCCAACGUGGCCGAAAAGACGCUGGGGGCCAGCGGGAGAUACGAAGGGAAGAUCACCCAGUUCUCUGCUCGCUUCAGCGAGCUUAUCCCCAACUACAACCCCGACAUCAUCUUCAAGGACGAGGAGAACACAGGUGCAGACCGCCUGAUGACGCAGCGCUGCAAAGACAAGCUGAACUCUCUGGCCAUCUCGGUGAUGAACCACUGGCCUGGAGUUCGGCUGCGGGUCACAGAGGGUUGGGAUGAGGACGGCCACCACUCGGAGGAGUCACUGCAUUACGAGGGCCGGGCGGUGGACAUCACUACUUCAGACCGGGACCGGAACAAGUACGGCAUGCUGGCGAGACUGGCUGUGGAGGCUGGAUUCGAUUGGGUCUACUAUGAGUCCAAAGCUCACAUCCACUGCAGCGUCAAGUCAGACCACUCCAUGGCGGCGAAGUCAGGAGGCUGUUUCCCUGGUGAUGCCUCUGUGAUGUUGGAGAGUGGCGCUCAGAAGCUCAUGGAGGACCUGCGCCCCGGUGAUCGGGUCUUGGCUGCAUCGGGCAGUGAUGGAGGGGAGCUGGUAUUCAGUGAAGUCCUGACUUUCCUGGACCGGGACCUGACCACCCACAGACUCUUCUACACCCUGCAGACUGAAGCCGGAGCACAGCUCUCGCUCACCACCUCCCACCUCGUCUUUGUAUCAGAGGGAAACUGCUCGGAGGGGGCGGUGCCAGCCCGCCACACCUUCCGGACUGUGUACGCCGGCAGCGCCCGGCCGGGCCAGUGUGUGCUGGUCUCAGUGGGUAAAGUGGGACGUCUGUCUCGGAUCAGCCGGGUCAGCAUGAGGAUGAGGAGGGGAGUGUUCGCUCCGCUGACCCGGCAGGGGACGGUGGUGGUGGACGGGGUGGUGGCAUCCUGCUACGCUGUGGUGGACCAGCACUGGCUGGCCCACUGGGCCUUCGCCCCCCUCAGGCUGAUGCACAGCUGGACUGGGAGCACUGGAGGCUGCAGUGAUGGGAUCCACUGGUACUCACAGCUUUUACUGUGGCUGGGGAGGAAGCUGCUGGACUCAGAGAGCCUCCACCCACUGGGGGUGGCACAGGACCACAGCUGAAGAGAAAAACAGGCAGAAAUCUCCACCUGAAACCCCAAAUGUAAAAAACCUGGAGCUCAAUGGGACCAUGAUGGACUUCCUGCCGAGAAACAGCCCUUCAGUUCACUUCCAAAACUUUAUUUAUUAAAAGUUCAUGAGAUUUUCCCUCAGUUGUUAUUUUAACUCGUUUUUCAAGUGGGUACCUUUAAAAAACUCCAUAAGGGAUCUGAGGCGUUUCUACAGUACAUCUGAGAUUCAUCUCAAGCUUUUUAAACUUAAAGGAGCUGCAGGAUUUCUACCCUUAAUGAAAGAUUACAAGAAAACUUAUAGUGGACUUUUUUCCACCUUAAAUAAAGUUUUAAUCCGUGUUUACAUGGUUAGAAGUGGGAAAAAUAUUCCUAAUAAUAUAAACAGAGUUUGAAUUGAAUUAAGAGGAUUUUAAGGGAGGACAUACUCGAAUUACUUUACUGGAAAGCAUCCGUUUUAAAACAAUAGAAUCCUGAUUACCUCUAGAAUCACCUGAACACCAGCAUGAAUAAAAAAGUUGGGUUUAUGUUAGAGAUGCUGAAAAUGUAUUCCAGAGCUUCCAUUCCAUCAUCAGCUGUAGGACUUCAGCUCCCUGCUUUCAUACAGGUUUUAGAUUCAUAUUUAAGUUUAUUGUUUGUUUACAGGAGAUCAAGUGA